AUGAAGGUGCUCCCUGCAUCUGGCCUAGCUGUCCUCCUCAUCACAGCUUUGAAGUUUUCCACUGCAGCCCCCUCCCUAUUUGCAGCCACCCCCAGGACCUGGAGGAACAACUACCACCUUGCACAGGAGUAUCUUGACAAGUAUUACACAAAGAAAGGUGGUCACCAAGUUGGUGAGAUGGCUGCAAGAGGAGGCAACGCCAUGGUCAAGAAGAUCAAGGAGCUACAAGCAUUCUUUGGCCUCCAAGUCACUGGGAAAUUGGACCAGAAUACAAUGGAUGUUAUCAAGAGGCCUCGCUGUGGAGUUCCUGACGUGGCCAACUAUCGCCUCUUCCCAGGUGAACCCAAAUGGAAAAAAAAUACUUUAACAUACAGAAUAGCCAAAUACACACCUUCCAUGAGUCCUAUUGAAGUGGAAAAAGCAGUAGAGAUGGCCCUGCAGGCCUGGAGCAGCGCCGUCCCUCUGAGCUUUGUUAGAAUAAACUCGGGAGAAGCCGAUAUUAUGAUCUCUUUUGAAACUGGAGAUCAUGGGGAUUCCUAUCCAUUUGAUGGGCCUCGAGGGACUCUAGCCCAUGCAUUUGCACCUGGAGAAGGCCUGGGAGGAGACACACAUUUCGACAAUGCUGAGAAGUGGACUAUGGGGAUGAAUGGUUUCAAUUUAUUUACUGUUGCUGCUCAUGAAUUUGGCCAUGCCCUGGGCCUGGCCCAUUCCAGCGACCCAACAGCACUGAUGUACCCCACGUAUAAGUACCAGAAUCCCUAUGGAUUCCGCCUGCCCAAGGAUGAUGUAAAAGGGAUCCAGGCAUUGUACGGACCUCGGAAACCAUUCCUGGGAAAACCCACUAUUCCCCAUGUCCCUCCUCACAAGCCAUCCAACCCCGAUCCCUGUGACUCCAGAGCAUCCUUUGAUGCCGUGACAAUGCUGGGGAAGGAGCUUCUGUUCUUCAGGGACCGGAUUUUCUGGCGAAGGCAGGUUCACGUGCCAGCAGGGAUUCGGCCCAGCACUAUCACCAGCUCCUUCCCCCAGCUCAUGUCCAACGUGGAUGCAGCUUACGAAGUGGCUGAGAGGGGCACUGCUUACUUCUUCAAAGGCCCCCACUACUGGAUAACACGAGGAUUCCAAAUGCAAGGUCCUCCUCGGACUAUUUAUGACUUUGGGUUUCCAAGGCAUGUGCAGAGAAUAGAUGCUGCUGUCUAUCUCAAGAAGCCACAGAAGACCCUUUUCUUUGUGGGAGAUGAAUAUUACAGCUAUGAUGAACGAAAAAGGAAAAUGGAUAAAGACUACCCAAAAAAUACUGAAGAAGAAUUUUCAGGAGUUAGUGGCCAAAUAGAUGCUGCUGUGGAAUUAAAUGGCCACAUUUACUUCUUUUCAGGACCCAAAACAUACAAGUAUGAUACAGAGAAGGAAGAUGUGGUUAGUGUGGUGAAAUCCAGCUCCUGGAUUGGUUGCUAAACAGAAAGAUCUAGUCUUUCCCAAGGAGUGAAAAUGACUGCAAGCAGCUGGUAACUGAUUCCUAAGGACUAAAGCAGAAUGUAGGAUAAAAUCUUCCCAGGGCCUUCAAUUCUAAGGGCAAUUUAGAGUUCAUUGAAAAUAAUGCUUCUGAUUUUUUUUUUGUAGUUGUGUAUUCAGAAUUUAUUCCAAAUGAGAAAUUGGGCCAACUUUACACAAAAUCAGAAUCAACACAAUACACUCUUCAAUUAGACACUCAUUAUUUGUCUUUUUUUUUAUCAAAUGUACUGAAGAAAAAUAAUCAGUUUGGUUUUUAUUUCUAGGAAGAAGUCUACUUGUGCAUUCUCUGAUAUAUAACUCUUUGAAUAGGAAACGUCAUACCAUAUGAAUUAUAGUCAUUCUUUAUAAACAGUGGUUUUUGCAGCCAUAAUUUGGCCCUCGUUUAUUAUGAUAUAUAUAAAUUACCCAUUUUUUACU